AUGGAUAAAAAGUUUGCAACAGAAAUUCGCAAAGUGCGAAACUGUGCAAUAUCUUUGUUCUCCCAUCGGUAUCGCUGGAACCUGCACCAAAAUGGCAUCAUUUCCUUGGAACACGCAGCCAUCACGCGGCAGCCGACUGAAGAUUAUCCACGAAUGCAUGACGUCCCUCGAACACUCGUCGCAUGAACAUAAACCAUUCCAAGUAUAUAAGUAACAUUCUCACUAUUCUGUCAUCGAACAUUUCACAGUUUUCGUCUUGAACUAUUCUCUCAAUACAGUGUAUUCCAUUUAACUGAUUUAAUAGUAGCGCAAACGAGAAUUAAAAUAUAAAAUCAUACGACAAAAUGUUUCCUAUGACAAAAGCAUCGAAGGAUAACUUACUUGAGAAUGAAGUUCAUUUGGAAUCAAAAGAUACUUCGAUAAUUAUGAAAAAAUCAAUAAAUAUCGCAACCUUUUCUCAUGAAAAUUGUCAAAUUACGAAUGACAGUUACGAAAUCAAAACAAAACAAAAAAAUUUGGAAGAAAGUGAAAAACAAGAAAAAACGCAAAUAGAAAUUGGAAGUUCCAAAAUUUCAAAAUCAGAAUACCAGCAAAUGAAGCCUACAAUCGCAGAAUUAAAAAAUAUUGAAUUCAGAGUGGAAGAACUUAAAACAGAAGACAAAGAGUCAAAAAGUUUUAGUGAUAUUACUCUACAUCAAAAUGUUGCAGAAUACAAAAUGAUUCCCAUUGCCGAUAAAUUUAAUUUUCAAAAACCCUCGAAUGUUGCUGUUCCUCGAAAAUGUCCUCCACUUUCUAGUCCGCUAUUGAGUGAACGUUCACUUGUUUUAACAACGCAUCUUGUACCUUCGCUACCAAUUGGCUUAUUCGAAGUGCUUGUAGAAGCAAUCGAAGUUGUUACCGAAAAACCUGUAGUACUGUUGUAUGAACCCAGAAGUGACAGACCAGUUGCAAAAGAAAUUGUGGAUAUUGCUAUCUUAUCAGCAAGUGCAGACUGGGAAGAUGGUGAACUUCUACCUGUGAGUUUCUGUUUCGAACAUCAUCUUAAUAAAGACAACUCAUCGUGCAUUUAUGCUGAUGUUGUUGUAGCUACAGACCGCGCGCUACACGUACAAGAUAUUACAGAUCUUCGCGGUCACAGAUGUUCUCUCCCAGAUCGAAAGAAAAAUAGUGGAGUAGCAGCAUUGUUAUUUAAUUACUUAUACACGAAAGGUGAAAGCCCAGCUUUUUUCGGCAACAUGCUUGAUACUGAUACACAGAUUGCUGCUUUACAAAUGGUUGCAGGAAAACAAGCAGAAGUUGGAAUUUUAGAAUCUCCUGUUAUUAAAUGCCACAAAGACACAUUACCAGGAAUCAAUUCGCUUCAUAUUUUAACAAGUUUAGGACCUUUACCACCUUAUCGCAUCAUGAUAAAGAAAACACUUUCAGACGUCCUCAAAAGAAAAAUUACAACUUACUUACUAAAUAUAAAUCAAGACAGAGAAUGGAUAGAUAGAUUCGCUCCUUUUGGGAUUACUAGAUUUGCCACAAAUUUUGAAAAAUUAUACAACUUUGACGGUGUAAAAUCUGUAGUUACAAGUGUACCAUACUACUAAGAUUAUGUUAUUCGUAUUGUAUUACUUCUAGGCAUACGCAUAAUUAUACAUACAUCACUUAUUAUUUUUACAUCUUUUUGCAUUCUUUUCUCACAUAUUGAAAGUUUAAUAAAUAUGGCAUUCGAAUAAUGA